AUGUCGAAUCAAGUGACCGCUUUUGUAGCGGGGUUGAAGUCCCGACAUGUGGAUAUACAAACGAAAACGGCACGAGAAUUGUACCACUAUGCCAAAACAGAGCUUCGAGAAGUUCCUCAAGAAGAACUUACACAAUUUCUCGAUGAAUUUAACCACCAAAUCUUUGAGAUGGUAUCCAGUAAUGAUGUCCAUGAAAAGAAAGGAGGUGUUCUGGCCAUUGUAUGUCUUAUUGGUGGUGAUUGUGACACAACCAAAACAAGAAUCACGAGAUUCGCUAAUUAUUUGAGAAAUUUAUUACCAUCUUCUGAUGUCGGUGUUAUGGAGUUAGCUGCUAAAACAGUAGGUCGACUAGCUACUGUUUCUGGAGUUAAAAGAGCUGAAUAUGUGGAGUUUGAAGUAAAACGAGCAUUCGAGUGGUUAUCCGAAGAGAGAAAUGAAGGCAGGAGACAUUCAGCAGUUUUACUUUUGAAAGAAAUGGCCAUAGCCAUGCCAACCUAUUUUUAUCAACAAGUAUCAGGUUUCUUUGACCACAUUCUAAUAGCUUUGAAAGAUCCAAAGCAACAAAUAAGAGAAGCCGCAGCAAAAGCUCUCAGAGCAGGUUUAGUUGUUACAGCUCAAAGAGAAUCAGCAAAACAAUCAACUGCUAAACCUCAAUGGUACAUGCAGUGCUAUGAGGAAGCUAUGUCAUCCUUUGAAGAUAUACCAAUUCGGGAAAAGGGGAUAACAAAAGAGGACAGGGUUCAUGGAGGUCUUCUAAUAUUAAAUGAAUUGUUCAGAUGUGCUAAUGCAGCUUGGGAGAAAAAAUAUACAUAUCUUAUGCACAGUUUGGACACACAAAAGGAUAUUACUGUUUCAGAUGAUAUUAUUUUUAUAAGUUCCAAACUUCAUAGUCCAUCUGUUAAAAGAGGCUAUUUGUGUGAUGGUUUUAAAACAGAAAAUGUUCAGUACCCUGUUCCAAUCUAUGAAUCCGAAGUAUGUAAACAAUUGCUGACUGAGAAAAUAGAGAGGACAUGUCAAGAUGUGAUGUCACAGCGUCUACUGAAAACACAAGGUGUUCCACAAGUUCUCUUGAUUAUAAUCCCAAGGCUAGCAGCAUUUAAUAAAGAAUUAUUUUUAAAAAAAUAUCUUAACUCAACUAUGCAUUAUCUUCUAACAUCAAUCAAAAGUAGAGAGAAAGAUAGGAAUAUGGCAUUCACAACCUUAGGUUUGAUGGCAGCUGCAAUUGAGGGUGACAUAAAGGCCUUUAUUCCAAGGAUUAUGGAUGUAAUCAAACAGGCUCUACCAGUUAGAGACACUAUAAGUAAGAAGAGAAUGUGGAUUGACCCAUCUAUAUUUGCAUGCAUCACUUUGCUCAGUAGUGCAGUCAAGGACCUAGUUGUUAGUGAUAUUAAAGAAUUGCUAGAUGCAAUGUUUGCCACUGGUCUCAGUCCAUCUUUGACUAUAUGCUUGAAAGAAUUGAGUCAGAACUUACCCACUCUAAAGGCAGAAAUAUCUGAAGGACUUUUAAAUAUGCUCUCACAAGUAUUACGAAAUAAACCCUUUUUACAUCCUGGAGCUCCGAGGAGCUUGGAGCAGCAAAGUAAUAUCAGUCUUGUUAUAGAGCCUCAAGACACUGCAAGUGUAGUAUUGGCGUUAAGAAUUCUUGGAACUUUUCAGUUUGAAGGUCAGCAUAGCUUGCUAACAUUUGUACGUCGAUGCGCUGAACAUUUCCUGCAAAGUGACCACCAAGAGGUCAGAGUAGAGGCUGUUAAAACAUCAGCGAAGUUAUUAGCUGAUGCUACUGUAAGAACUAUGAAAACACCCUCUAGAACUCUCACCAUGCUGACUGCUGAAGUUGUAGGCAAAAUGCUUGUAGUAUCUGUGACAGAUCCAGAUUAUGAAGUGCGAUAUUGGGUGCUAGAAUCUCUUACUGAAAUAUUUGACACACAUUUGGCACAAAUAGAAAAUUUAAGUUUCCUUUUUAUUGCUAUGAAUGAUGAACACUUGGAAAUUCGGGAAUUGGCAAUUUGUACUAUUGGUCGACUCAGCAUCGUCAAUCCCGCGUAUGUCAUGCCCGGCCUUCGAAAAAUCCUAAUACAGUUUUUGACAGAACUAGAACACUCAGGCAUGAGUCGAAACAAAGAACAGGCUGCCAGAAUGCUGGAUAACCUAAUUUUACAUGCGCCUAAACUUAUUAAACCAUAUAUGGAAACAAUUUUGAAUGUUCUUGUACCGAAGUUGAAAGAACCUGAUUUAAAUCCUGGAGUGAUUAUAAGUGUUCUGAAAGCUGUAGGUGAUUUAGCCGAUGUCCAUGGAGAUAAUACAGGUCUUAAAAAAUGUUUACCUGAACUUCUAACAACUUUGCUUGACUUACUAUCUGAUGCAAGUGCCGCAGAUAAACGAAGCGUCGCUUUAUGGGCGUUUGGUCAACUUAUAAGUGCGACCGGACAUGUCGUUACACCCUACACAGAAUAUCCUCAUCUAAUGGAUGUAUUACUUAAUUUCCUGAAGACAGAACAACAACCAAAGGAUAGGCGCGAAACGAUCAGAGUUUUGGGACUCUUAGGUGCUUUAGAUCCAUAUAAACAUAAAAUAACUAGAGGUUUAAUUGAUGGACAACCAGAUUCCAGCCUUGUGCCAGUUGCUGACAGCAAAGCUGAAGAAAACAAUUUCGAUAUGACUACAAGCGAAAUGUUAGUAAAUAUGUCUUCGCCAGUACUUGAUGAGUAUUAUCCCGCUAUUGUUAUAUCAACUUUGAUGCGAAUUCUCCGCGAUCAAACCCUUCAACAACACCACACAAGUGUGGUGCAAGCUGUAACGUUUAUAUUCCAAUCUCUAGGAAUAAAAUGUGUUCCAUAUAUAUCGCGUGUUACACCUAGUCUUCUGUACGUAGCUCGCGCCACUGAUAAUAAUAAUUUCAGAGAAUUUCUAUUCACUCAACUGGCAAAACUGGUAGCUAUUGUGAAACAGCAUAUACGAAAUUACUUAGAUAAAAUAUUCGACCUUAUUAAAGAGUUUUGGACACCAAACAGUCCGUUGCAGCCAACGCUUAUAUUAUUGGUUGAACACAUUGCCGUAGCGCUCGGUUCGGAAUUUAAAGUGUACUUGCCACAAUUGAUGCCACAAAUAUUGCGUGUUCUCGCACACGAUACUAGUAAAGACAGAUUUGUAACUGAGAAACUACUCUACGCUCUGCAAAAGUUUGAGGACAACCUCGAUGAUUAUAUGCAUUUAGUCAUUCCAUCUAUUGUUAAAUUAUUUGACGCGUCAGACUGUCCGAUCCAAGUGGCCAAAGUGGCUAUGGAAACUGUGGAUUAUUUAUCGGACUCGUUGAAUUAUAGUGAGCUUGUUUCAAGAAUAAUACACCCACUUGUAAGGAGCUUAGACACUUACGCCUUGCGUACUACUGCGAUGGACACUUUGUGCGCUUUGAUCAUUCAACUCGGUAGAAAGUACAAUGAUUUUAUUCCGCUUGUUCAGAAAGUUAUAUUGAAGCACAGAAUUCAACAUCAAAAUUACGAAUUGUUGCUCUCGAAACUGCAAUCGAGCUCGGCGUUAGCUGUCGAUGAUUUUUUGCAAAGUACUAGAAGAAAACCGAGAAAUAAUAAUCAGGAGGCACGCAUUGUGGCUUGCGACACAUCACAGUCGAUCCGCAAACUUUACGUGAACGCCCAUAGUUUGAAGGUAGCGUGGACCGUUAGCAGUCGAGUUUCCAAGGACGAUUGGCUGGAAUGGUUGCGACGAUUCAGCAUCGGAUUACUUACUGAAUCUCACAGCCCAGCUUUAAGGGCUUGUCUGGCAUUGGCGCAUAAUUAUUCUCAAUUAUUACGUGAUCUAUUUAACGCGGCAUUCGUUUCGUGUUGGACGGAGUUAGACAACACUUCGCGGACUGAAUUAUCCAACGCUUUGGAGCAGGCCUUAACUGCCCCUGACGCUCCAGAGCUAGCUCACACAGUGCUAAAUCUUGCAGAAUUCAUGGAGCACUGUGAAGGAGGUGCUUUACCAAUUUCUACUCAAUUACUAGGAGAAAGGGCUAUGCAUUGCCGAGCGUACGCUAAAGCGCUGCACUAUAAGGAAGAAGAAUUUCGCAACGGAGCUACUUCUCAAGUCGUUGAGGCUUUGAUACAUAUAAAUAACAAGUUACAACAAAAAGAAGCCGCAGAAGGCUUACUUGAGCGCGUAAUGACUCAACGUGAAGCUGGUGAUACGAGUCUCAAAGUCCAAAUAAGAUGGUAUGAAAAAUUACACAACUGGGAAAAAGCAUUGAAUCUGUAUGGAGAAAAACAAGCAGGAGAUGCCGAUAACGGUGAAACGUACCUCGGCGAAAUGCGCUGUUACGAAGCUCUAGGAGAAUGGUACAAAUUGUACAACACUGUUUCGAAACGAUGGCCGAAAAUGAGUGACGAUGAAAAGUUCAAAGCCGCCAGAUUGGCCGCCGCUGCGGCUUGGGGACUCAACGAAUGGGAUUCAAUGACUAAAUAUGUAAACUUUUUACCAGAAAAUACUCAAGAUGGAGCGUUUUAUAGAGCUGUCCUAAAUAUUCAUAAAGAAGACUAUAACAUGUCAAAAUUAUACAUUGAUCAUGCCCGAUCCAUAUUAGACUCUGAACUAACCGCAGUGGCUGGUGAAAGUUAUCAAAGGGCGUAUGGGGCCUUGGUAAAUGCUCAGUUACUCGCUGAGCUAGAAGAAGUGAUCACCUAUAAAUUAGUUCCCGAAAGACGUGAAUCAAUAAGACAGGCUUGGUGGACGAGACUACAAGGCGGUCAGAGAUUGGUUGAAGAUUGGCGAAAAAUUCUUCAAGUUCACAGUUUGGUGUUGACUCCUCAAGAAGAUAUGGCGACUUGGCUAAAGUUUGCGUCGUUAUGUAGGAAAAGUGGUGCGCCUCGACAAGCUCACAGGACACUAGUGAAGCUCCUCGGAAUAGAUCCAAGCAAGAACCGUGAUAUGCCACUUCCUUCUCAUGAACCAAGACUUACUUUGGCGUACGCAAAACACCUUUGGGUCGCCGGGGACAAACAGUUAGCGUAUGACCAGUUGCAGCGCUAUGUGGAAAAUGUUGAUACUGGCGAUGCAGAACAUUGUCGUCUUCUAGCUCGCUGCCAUCUUAAGUUAGGAUCUUGGUGCGAGUCUUUACUGGGAAUAAACAAACACUCAAUUCCUGAAAUAUUACGUAAUUAUUCAGCCGCAACUACUCUAUCGUCCGAUUGGUAUAAAGCAUGGCACGCAUGGGCUUACAUGAAUUUCGAAACUGUUUUGUUCUAUAAGCAUCAAGAAGCUGACAUAUCAAACCCUGAGGAGGUUAAAUCAGCUGCCGAGUACAUUCAAACGUAUACCGUACCUGCCGUCGAGGGUUUCUUCAAGUCGAUAAAUCUGUCUCAUGGCAGUUCACUGCAAGAUACGUUGAGAUUGCUCACCCUAUGGUUUGACUAUGGGCAUCACCCGGCUGUUCAUGAAGCGCUCUUAGAGGGAAUAAGGACGAUCGACAUUAACGUUUGGCUUCAAGUUAUACCGCAACUUAUAGCGAGGAUCGACACACCAAGGGCUUUGGUUGGGAAACUGAUACAUUCUCUACUCAUUGAUAUUGGAAAGUCUCAUCCACAAGCGCUCGUUUAUCCUUUGACCGUUGCAUCUAAGUCAUCGUUCGUCGACCGCAAGAACGCGGCCAAUCAAAUUUUAAAAUCCAUGUGCACUCAUUCGAGUAACUUAGUUAAUCAGGCUGCAAUGAUAUCUGAGGAGUUGAUCAGAGUCGCCAUUUUGUGGCACGAACAGUGGCAUGAGGCUUUGGAAGAAGCUUCUAGGCUGUACUUCAGUGAGCAUGACGUGAAAGCUAUGUUUAAAACCUUAGAACCUCUGCACGCUAUGUUGGAGAGAGGACCAAAAACUUUGAAAGAAACCUCAUUCACUCAAGCAUAUGGAAGAGACCUUAACGAGGCGCAAGAAUGGUGCAAUCGAUUUAAGGAGUCGGGUCAGGUUCGGGAUCUGAACCAGGCGUGGGACCUGUACUACCACGUGUUCCGGCGCAUCAGCCGCCAGCUGCCGCAGCUCACGUCGCUGGAGCUGCAGUACGUGAGCCCCAACCUGCUCAGCUGCCGCGACCUGGAGCUGGCCGUGCCCGGCUCCUACAUCCCGCACCAGGAUCUGAUACGUAUCGCGCAUAUACAGAGCAGCUUGCAGGUGAUAAUAUCAAAGCAGCGCCCUCGUAGACUUUGCAUUCGGGGCUCCAACGGCAAAGACUACAUGUUCCUACUGAAGGGGCACGAGGACCUGCGCCAGGACGAGCGCGUCAUGCAGCUGUUCGGACUCGUCAACACUUUGCUUCAAGCUGACCCUGACACUUUCAGACGAGAUCUGGUAAUCCAGAGAUAUGCUGUGAUACCACUCUCAACUAACUCGGGGUUAAUCGGUUGGGUCCCCCAUUGUGACACACUGCACUCCCUAAUAAAAGAUUACAGAGAGAAGAGGAAGAUUCUUCUAAACAUUGAACACAGGAUAAUGCAGAGAAUGGCUUCAGAUUUAGAGAAGUUGAUGCUCAUGCAAAAGGUGGAAGUGUUCGAGCACGCUUUAGAGCAUACAGCUGGAGAUGACCUAGCAAAACUAUUGUGGCUUAAAAGCCCUUCGUCAGAGGUUUGGUUCGAGCGCCGCACCAACUACACGCGCUCGCUGGCCGUCAUGAGCAUGGUGGGCUACAUCCUCGGCCUCGGCGACCGGCACCCCUCCAACAUCAUGCUGGAUAGAGUAACCGGGAAAUUCUUGCAUAUUGACUUUGGUGAUUGCUUCGAAGUUGCCGUCACGAGGGAUAAGUUUCCAGAGAAAAUACCCUUCAGAUUGACGAGGAUGUUGAUUAAUGCUAUGGAGGUAACCGGAAUCGAAGGCACAUACCGUCGCACAUGCGAGUCCGUGAUGGAAGUCCUGCACCGCCACCGCGACAGCGUGAUGGCCGUGCUGGAGGCCUUCGUGUACGACCCGCUGCUCAACUGGCGCCUCAUCGACGCGGGGCGCCGCGCGGGCGCUCCCGACGACGACGGCGACGCGUCGCCGCAGCGCCCCGACGACGCGCCCGCAGAGACCAACCUCAACAAGCGCGCUCUCGCCAUCGUCAACCGCGUCCGCGACAAGCUCACCGGCCGCGACUUCACGCACAUCGAGGAGGCCAGCGUGUCCGUGCAGCGUCAGGUCGACCUCCUCAUACAGCAGGCCACCAGCAAUGAGAACCUUUGCCAGUGCUACGUCGGCUGGUGUCCCUUCUGG